AGGUCUUGGAAACUGGCUGUGUAAAACUGCUUAUAAAGACUGUGACAGGAGGAGAGAAGAGCUGCAGAUCCACAUAUAACAUGGUGCUAAAGGAAUCGCCCACAACAAGGAUCAUGGGUUACUCAUCUUUUGAAUGUAUAAAGAAUCCUUGGAUUGAUGACAAUCUGAAGUUCAUUUCAAAUGAACAUGAAGUUAACAUUCCACUAAUUUCAAAAGACCCAGAUUCUCUUUCCAAUCUAAAUCAAUUAGAAGAAGAUGACAAUGCUUCUUCAGGAACUGAUGAUUCCUACUAUUCCUGCAAUCUAACCAUUCCAUCUAAAAAAGACAAACAAGUUUUUUUCAACAUUCUGAAACAUUUCCUUGAAGAUCAGAGCAUCUUACAAGAAGGCAAUGAGGAAGAACGUUGGUGUGACAAAAGCAAACUGAAGUUAAAAUAUAUGGGAAGAAAGUGCAACGCACUCAUUCUGGAUGGAGAUGGAAAUGAAUUAUGGGAGGGAAUAAUAGAAACAAAACAUAUUUACCUCAACUGGAGGGGUGAUGAGGUAGAACCUCUAAGCUUAGAGAAUCUCCAAAGUGUGCAGAAUAAAUUAAAAUUCCUUGGAAUUCAAAACAAGAAAGUGUGUGAUUGCUUCUCGCUGGCUAGAGCCCAACUUAUGGAAGAGCCAAACUGGGUGCAGAAGAAUAUGAAACUGAAAAUAAUUUGCUGUGACGUUAUUCUGACCUUUGGUAAAGGAAAGAACUUGGCCACGGUUCUUUAUGAUGACAUCAAGAAAAUACCAAAGUACAAUAUGAAAAUGGCACAUUG